AUGCCUCCUCCAGCUAAGGUUCCGCGGCUGUCUACGAAACAUCAUUUAGGCGAUUCUCCCAUCAGCUAUCAUCCAUCAGCUGCAUCCGGCUGGGCUGAUCAUGACUCUCCUAGAAUCCGAAAGGCCUCGAAAGCAGGAUUUAGGCCCAUUGGGGAGCCUAGCUCAGCGGUUAAAUUGUUCUUCCCGCGUGAUGAAGACGACGAUGAAGCUGGUCCCGCCCCUGAACAUAAAUCCCCCGCCUCCCCUAAGAUUCAUUCAGAAGUCCCCGCGAAGCGUGCUCGCGAUGAAGGUGCAACUGAUCGAGCUGAAGAUAUGCGUGGAAGUAUCCUCUCACAGCCCUUGCCGUUCCAACAAGUCCCUGGUCCACGUGAGCCCCCGGCAGGCAGUGGCGAUGUUUCCGUCAGUCCUGCCCAACAGUCCCAUACAGUGGAGCCAGACGCGGAAGGGACGCCACGGCCGUCCUCUCCAUCGGGGACGACAUGCAAGGACCUCUAUGCCAUUGUCUCUCAGGUUGGCGAAGGCACAUUCGGCAAGGUUUAUAAGGCUCGCAAUGUCAUCACCAAUGUCCACGUGGCGCUCAAGCGAAUCCGCAUGGAAGCAGAAAAGGAUGGCUUUCCAGUUACUGCGAUGCGGGAAAUCAAACUGCUGCAGUCCUUACGACAUCAGAACGUCGUCCGCCUUUACGAGAUGAUGGUAUCAAACGGAUCUGUGUACAUGGUGUUUGAGUACAUGGACCAUGACCUUACAGGGGUUUUAUCUCAGACUCAAUUCUCAUUUUCGGAGGCCAAUCUGAAGUCACUGUGCAGCCAAAUGCUCGCUGGGCUGGCAUAUCUGCACCGCAAAGGUGUCAUCCACCGUGAUAUCAAGGGUUCCAACAUCCUUAUCAAUAACCGAGGGGAGCUGAAACUCGCCGACUUUGGUCUGGCGCGCUUUUACCAGAAACGCAGGCGAAGUGAUUAUACCAAUCGCGUCAUCACUUUAUGGUAUCGACCGCCAGAGUUGCUCUUCGGUGCUACGGUAUAUGGGCCGGAAGUCGAUAUGUGGAGUGCCGGCUGCAUCAUGCUGGAACUUUUCACCAAGAAACCAGUGUUCCAGGGCAAUGAUGAAAUCCAUCAGUUGGAUGUGAUUUACCGUAUUCUUGGAACUCCAUCUACUGAGCGAUGGCAAGGGCUCACCGCACUGCCAUGGUAUGAGUUGGUCAAGCCGAAAGAUGUGAUUCAUGGUCAUUUCCGCGACUUGUUCUCUCGAUGGUUAUCGCCCGCAGCCCUUGACUUAGCUGAGCGGCUUCUUGCUUAUGAUCCGACGCAGAGAGUUACUGCCCUUGAGGCUCUCGAGGCUCCCUAUUUCAAGGAAGAGCAGCCUCCACCUGAGUUGCCUGUUGACUUGUCCACCUUAGAGGGUGAAUGGCAUGAGCUGGAGACCAAACGGGAGCGAGCCAAGAAGCGUCGCAAACUAGAAAACGGGCUCGUAUAA